UAGGGCCUGCCGGGCACCCGUCUGUCUCCCAGACAACGCAGCUCCUCCCGCUCCCGCCACUGCGAUCGUAGCUCGGAAUGAAACUGCGUAUCCUCGACGAUUAACGAUGACAGGAGGAAGAUGCGACUUCACAUCAGACUUUCUAGAGUUUACAUGUUUUAUUCCCAUUCCAAUGAAGCUCAGUAAGCGAUUUCCUGGAGUGUUGCGACAAUUAAAGAUUUGUCUCCAGUGACACAGCAUGCAGGUUUUGCCAAUUUGGGGCCUGGCCAUCCCUCUUCCAGCAGUGCUGAUGAUCACUGUGGGUCUUUACAUGAUGGUCCUCGGGCUCGGGCUUUGGAUCCGAUACUGCCUCAAGGACUACUGUUCUUUUGAGUGUGCCAACUGCUGUCCAGGCAUCUCCAUCUCUGAGCAGUGCUUCAGAGUGGCUGAAAUGUGUGACUGCCGGCUGCCAAACAUUCGCUCCUUCCUGCCGAAUUCAUGCUCCUCACCAUCAUGCAUCAACAUGGACUGUGCUUGUACCUGCCAGCCUCCUGAGUGUGACUCCUGCAACUGUCUUUGCUUCGAGAUCCGGAUCAAGUAGAAGGACUGGAGGUGCUCGUCCUUUUCACACAUUCACUUUCAUGCUUUACAUUCAGUCAAUCGCUGAUGGGAAACGACUGAACAUUCUCAGGGUAGUGUCUUACUUAAAUGUGGCUUAUUUUAUUUAUUCUUUAACAAAAGAUAGAACUAGAACUUUUACUGCCGUUGCUUCAGUAGUUUCUUAUAACACACUGAAAUAUUAUUUUCUUCAUGUUACUGGGCUACUAACUGUAGUUACUUUUUUAUUGGACAGUGUAUAUAAUCUUUUAUGACACUACUGUUUUAUAUUAAUGUGCAAUGUUAAUGUAUAUGUCUUGUUCUCUGAACAAUCUGUCAGAUUAAAGUAUUUGGUAAUGUGUUAAAGUCUUAAA